CAACUUUGACUGUUCUUCCUUCUAUGGUUAAAUUGGCAUGAAUCAUCCAAGUCGUAAGCAUCUCAAUGUUUUUGUUGGCAUGUUGUGUAACUAGCAAGGUUACCCAAUAUUGUUGUAUUUGCAGAAAUCUGGUAAAAUGGCACUAAACUUUGCAGGCGUCGUUCUCAUAGUAAGGUUCCAUAAUUGCUUGUUGCUCGCAGGCAUAUUCUACGUGCUUAUGAGAGAUGUAUGCUAUGAGAGGCUAAUGAACUCCAAUCAAACCAGCAAAAUGCAACACACAUUCCGCAUCAUUGACAGUAGCUUGACGGUCGUAAGAAGUGUUGGAUCAAUGGCAGCAUUCAAUGGCAAAUGGGCUUCUUUCAUUGAUGAACGUUGCCUGUUAAAAGGGCAAAUGGGCUUUUUUCAAAGAUGAACGUUGCCCUGUUAAUGUUAUAAUUUGC